UUCAUGCCCGUCUCGUCGACUCGUCGUCAUGGCCGGUGCAGCAUUUCCAUUUUACCAGGCUCCAAGGUUCGUACGUACCCAUUGGCCGGCGGCCGCAUCAAACGGGACGAAUUCCUAACCCUCGUCAUCCGUCCCUUCCCUCCAUUCAAACGCGAAAAAAAAAUGGAGAAAAAUGAGAGCGAGCUAGCUCUCUCAUGGGGUCCAAUGGCCCGAACUUUCUCCCUCAAAAGGUGAAAGCUAGAAGCUUCAAAACAACUCAUCCAGCCAAGCCUCCACCCCUCCCAAAUCAUUCCAUCUGCUGCCUUUGCAAGUUUCAACCCGCAAGAAUUCAUUCGGUCUCGCUCGGCUUGGCGUGGCGGCAGCUAGAUUCCAAGCAGUCGUCAAGGCCGAGGCGAAGAUCGGAAUUUUUUUUCUCAUGCUGUGGCUGUACUAACUUGUAAGGAUCGGAGGGCGCGAUGGCGGCGGCGGCGGCGGCGGCGAGCAGGUUCGCGGCGGCGCUGUUCCACAGGAGGACGCGGAGGGUCACGUCGGCGCUGGCGUACGCCGUCCUGGAGUGGACGCUCAUCGCGCUGCUGCUGAUCAACGGGCUCUUCUCCUACGCCAUCGCCCGGUUCGCCGCCUACUUCGGGCUCAGGCCGCCGUGCCUCCUCUGCUCCCGCGUCGACCGCCUCUUCGAGAAGGCGACGGAGGAGGAGGAUGGCGCGCGGUGGCUGCGGAGCGUCCUCUGCGGCGCCCACGCGGCGGAGAUCUCCGGGCUCGGGUACUGCCUGCACCACGGUCGGCUCGCCGACGCCGGCGACAUGUGCGAGGCCUGCCUGUCUUCUUCCAAGGAGGAGAGCAUAAAAGAUGCAGGGGAGGAGAGCGCCACGGUGUGCUCUUGCUGCUACGCCGUUGUGAAAACCUCCUCGCGCGAGCUGCCGGAUAAAGGACAAGGCCAAUCGGAGGAGAAGACAACCGAAGAAGACAGAAACCAAGGGUAUGUUCCAUUGGCUCAAGAAGAGCACGGCGAAGAAGAAGACCAAGGAUAUGUUAUUUUGGCUCAAGAGGAGCACGACGAGGAAAACGAAGAAGAGCAUGGAGAAUUUCAGGAGGAAGAGCGGCAAGAAGAGGUGGACGAUAAAGACGAGCAAGAGGAGAAGAUGGCCGCCGUCCAGGACGAGUCCUUGGAAGUCAUGGCUGUCGGAGAAGAGAUCGAGCUCGACGGCGAGCGCUUGCUGUCGGUGGCAGCCAUCGAUGAGAUGACAAUCGCCGACGAGUCAGGUUUGCAUCAGGCGUGCUGUGAAAAGGAGAAAGAAAUGGACCAUAUCGACGGCGAGCACGAGUUGAGAGAUCUUGAUAUCGGAGUUGUUCUUGAGGAGAAGAGGAUGUUGGAUUCUUCGGCUGCAACGGCGGAUGUCGCGAUUGAGGACGACUUUGUUGUGCCCGUUCCUUGUGCAGAGCCUGUCACAAGCCCACCUGAUCCUCAUGAGAAUAUCAUCCCCCACGAUGAUGAAUUGGUUAUUGAAGAUGUUGCUCAAAUUGGAGAUGCCACUGCUGAAGAAGAAACAGUUGAAGAAGAAGAAGUUGAGACAGCUGAAGAAGAAGAAAUUGUUGUGCCCGAAGUCAUUGAAGAAGUUUCUGAAGAUGACAAUCAAUUGUCCAGUCUUGUCAUCUGGUAUGCCAGUCUCAUCGUUUUCCUUUCAGUCACUGAAGCAGUUCCUGAAGAUGACAACAGAUCAGCAGAGGUGGACACUAACUGUGAGGUAUCAAUCGGAAGUGAGAUAUGCGAACGGGAGCAAGAUGACCAUGUCGUGCCGUUUCAUGAAUCAGCAGAGUUUGAGGAGCCAACUGAUCCAUUGGCGUACCCAGAUGAGCAGCCACUGCCAUUGGAAAGUCUCCAUGAAACAGACCCAACUGCGCAAGCAAGUGAAACCGAACAGGAGGAGGAGGCGACGGCGAGCCAGAGAUUAGACCAGCCACCAAACGAACAGAACGAGGUUGAAGACGACAAGGCACCUGAGACACCGACCUACAGCGUUGCCACACAAAUCUCAGACAAAAAGUUUUUGCUUGAGAGGAAACGGUCACUAUCCUUAUCUUUGGACGGGAGUGUGGCAAGCGAGAUGGAGUUGUCCGAGCCUUCCACCGUUGAUCAGCUGAAAUCGGCGCUGCAAGCGGAGCGAAAGGCACUCAGCGCAUUGUACUCCGAGCUUGAGGAAGAGAGGAGCGCCGCUGCCAUCGCGACCAACCAGACUAUGGCAAUGAUCAACAGGUUGCAGGAAGAGAAGGCAGCAAUGCAGAUGGAGGCUCUGCAAUACCAACGGAUGAUGGAGGAGCAGUCGGAGUACGACCAGGAGGCGCUGCAGUUGCUGAACGAGUUGGUCACCAAGAGGGAGAGGGAGAAGCAGGAACUGGAGAGGGAGCUGGAUAUGUGCAGGCAGAAGGUGCUACACUACGAGGACAAGGAGAGGAGGAGAAUGGCAAGCUUCAAGGCUAACGGGCAUAGCCCCAAUGGUAAUGGCACUUCUGUGUCAUCCAGUGGUGAGGACAGUGACGGGCACUCCGAUGAAUACUGCGAACUAGGUGAGUCCCCGGAUGGCAGCAAUCUUCAGAGCCCGUCUCAUGCUGCUUUUAGCCCCAGGACAGAUCAAGAAAACAAGAAACAUCUGGUGGCUCUUGAUGACUCCUUGACGUACUUUGAGAUGGAAAGGCUAUCUAUCUUGGAAGAGCUCAAGACAUUGGAGGAGAGGCUCUUCACAUUGGAAGAUGAUGACAUCAACGACACCAGUGCUGCUGUGGGCCGAUCUUCAGAUGAAUAUGAACUGUCGGCUGACGGUCUCCAUUCUCCGGGAAAUGGUGAUAUCACCAGUGACAAGGCAAAGUUUGAAGGUCGAAAUUCUAUUUGCAGGGGAAAGAGUCUUCUUCCUCUAUUCGAUGCAGCUGGAGAUGAGAGCAGUGAUCAGACACCAUCUGCAAGGGUUGGGGAUGUGCAAGUUGAUAAUUCGACAAAACCGGUUUCUGUGCUUGUAAAAGAACAGGAGAGGCUGGCAAUAAUAGAGGAGGUUGAUCAUGUAUACGAGAGACUGCAAGCACUAGAGGCAGACAAGGAGUUCCUCAGGCACUGCAUCAAGUCCCUGAAGAAAGGUGACAGGGGCAUGGACCUUCUUCAAGAGAUCUUGCAGCAUCUUCGCGAACUCCGGAGCGUGGAACUUCAUGUUAAGCAUGCUGGUGAUGCCCUUGCUGCAAAUUCAGCAUAGCACAUGCCUCUUAUAUAUAACAUGUGAUUACCGUAGCUUGCUAUUGAUUUAGUGGAUCGGCUUUGGUGAGUCGAUCGGAAUGAUCUGAAGUACUUGGUUGGUGAUGGUACCUUUGAAAGAUAAUGGCUGAUUUCAUGGGAGGUUUUGCUCAUUUUGCCGGUGGCACGGAAGCAAAGCCUCUUCCUUUUGUUUCUGGUCCAGCAUUGCCGGCUUUAUGAUGUGGUAGUUGUAGAAAUCAUUAGUCCUUCCAAAGCUGCACAAUGUUGAAUCAUUGGUGCCAGCUUCGGAUGUAUGCACAACUUAGGGGAAAAAAAGAAAAGGUAAAGUUAGUCUGAGUGGAGAUGUGGAGGAUCUAUUAUUUAUUCUCUUCUUUUUUUUUCUUCAAUUUUCAGAAUUGUUUGUGCAGAGGUAGGAAUGUGCAUGAGUUUGUCCUGUUCUGUAUGAGGUUGUAGCUUGUAUGGUUGGUACGUGCGGUUUGUUCUUUUUUUAUAGCCAGAUUUGAUGAAGAAAGCAAUCCUUUCGGAAA